AUGACCCAUGGAGGGUAUGAGCUCAGAGACCUGCAGGAGCUGGCUGUGGAUGAAGGAAGAAUAUGUGCUUUAUCUAUUGACAAAAAGGCCCCGGACUUUGUCUUUAAUGCUCCUCGGCUGAGGAUUAAUAAGGGGAUCUUAGCCCUGUGCAUGGGAAACCAUGAGCUGUAUAUGCGCCGCCGCAAGCCUGGCACCAUUGAAGUGCAGCAGAUGAAGGCACAGGCCCGAGCGGAGAAGCACCAGAAGCAGAUGGAGCGCGCCCUGCUGGAAAAUGAGAAGAAGAAGCGUGAGAUGACAGAGAAGAUUGAACGGGAGAAAGAAGAACUGAUGGAGAAGCUGAAGCAGAUUGAGGAACAGACUAAGAAGGCUCAGCAAGAACUGGAAGAACAGACCCGCACAGCCAUGGAACUUGAGCAGGAACGGAAGCGUGCCCAGAGUGAGGCUGAAAAGCUGGCCAAGGAGCGUCAAGAGGCUGAAGAGGCUAAGGAGGCUCUGCUGCAGGCCUCCAGGGACCAGAAGAAGACUCAAGAACAACUGGCUUCAGAAAUGGCGGAGCUGACAGCUCGGAUCUCUCAGCUAGAGAUGGCCCGACAGGAGGAGAGUGAGGCUGUGGCGUGGCAACAGAAGGCACAAACGGUACAGGAAGACUUGGAGAAGACUCGUGCCGAGUUGAAGACUGCCAUGAGCACACCUCGCGUCGCAGAGCCUGCAGAGAAUGCGCAGGAUGAACAGGAUGAGAAGGGGGCGGAAGCCAGUGCUGCCCUGCGGGCUGAUGCUAUGGCCAAGGACCGCAGGGAGGAGGAACGAACUACCGAGGCAGAGAAGAGUGAGCGAGUGCAGAAGCACCGGAAGGCUCUUACUUCAGAGCUGCCCAAUGCCCGUGAUGAAUCCAAGAAGACCGCCGGUGACGUGAUACAUGCUGAGAACAUGCGACCGGGCCGAGAUAAAUACAAGACUCUCAACACCAAGCAGCGCAUUGAUGAGCAGUUUGAGUUCAUGUAA